AUUAAAAACAUCUAAAUCCUCAAUUAUUGUGAAUGUGAAUUGUAAAAUGAGUAAAUUACACAAGGUAUUAAUUAGUGAUGAUUAUCUUAACUCUUAAGUAAAUUUUAAAGAUGUUAAAAAAUUAGAAAUUAUUUGCUUACAAUUGGAACUUUGAGGAAACAUAACAAUAAGUAAAACAAAAUGUUAUUAAGAAACAGAGUUAGUUCACUAAUGCAAAACUUAUAAAACAACACUUGUUUAUUUAUACAGAUAAUAUAUAAUUGUUAUAUAUAUAGCUGUAAAUUGUAUUAGUAUGUGGUGCAAUUAUAAGAAAUUAUUUAAAGGCUUUAAUGUAAAUACAAUUAUUUGUGUAGCUUACAAAAGCCAUUAUGAAGCACUUAAUAUCUCUAAAUCUGCCACACAUAAAGAAAUAAAAGAUGCUUAUUACCGAUUAUCAAUGAUAUACCAUCCAGAUAAAAAUAAAGGAAGUGAAGAAGCUGCAAAACAUUUCCGUGAUAUAACUUCAGCAUAUGAAGUCUUGGGAAAUGUUCGUCAAAGAAAACUAUAUGACAGUGGAGCUAAUCUUAAUCAAAAUCCUUCUCAAYACACUACUAAACAACAACCUUUCGAAUCAAUGUACACGAAAAAUGAUAUUUAUAAAACCAAUGUUCGUGGCAGAGACUAUAAUUUUGAUGAAUGGUCUAAGGCACAUUACACAAAUAUAUUUAAGCGACACUAUGAAACUCGAGAAAAACAUACAAGAAACAAAAUGUAUGAAGAAUAUGCAGCUCGACAAAAUUCAUAUAGUUUAUUGAUGUUUAUGAUUUUUACAAGUAUUUUAAUUUUAAUUACAAUGUUUGAACACUUGAAAAAAAUUCUAAUUGAAGACGACAGAGCCAGAGGAUUUUCUGAAAAAAAUUUACAAGAUGAUUAA